AUGGAAAUAUCUUGGAGUCGAUGUAUCAUAUGCCAAACAACCACAACAGAAGAUUUAAGAUGUCCUCUUAGAGCAUGUGGUCCAUGUUAUGACCCCAUAUCAGUCUAUGCCUCUUUUCUUCAGAAUGUUCUUGAGUUUAGCUCACUAGGUGCUCUGCCAGUCAAUGUUCCCUUCGCUCUUGAUAUAGACACUGAUGUUUUAAUUAAAAAUGAGGCGUCAUGGCACAAGUCUUGCUAUUUGAAAUUCAAUUUGUCGAAGCUACAAAAAGCCAAAGAAAGAGUAUGUAGGAAAAGGGAGAAGGAAGAAGGCCAACCAGAAGAGGAGGAGAAAGCUCCGGCAGUAAAGAAUCGACGAAAAUCACUAACACACAAUAAGGAGGACUGCAUUUUGUGUGGUAAGGGGGGCCAGCUACAUGAAGUCACCACUUUUUCGACCGACCAGAAUAUCCGUCGCAUGAUUACUGAAAUUAACGAUGCUACGCUAACGCCAAAGAUCUCAGGAGUUGAUCUCAUAGUUGCUGAGGCCAAAUAUCACCUUAAAUGUUUGACUGACCUAAGAAAUCGGUAUAGAAGUAAACUCACUAAAAAACGACAAGAAUCUUGUGAAAAAGAGGACGAGAAGAUUAUGGAGUCUCAAGCAUUCAUUGAGUUGGUUGAGUAUAUUGAGAACUCUGUCGAGGAGAACAAGCUUCUUUUUAAGCUAUCUGAAUUGCAUUCACUUAAUAUAAGUCGCCUUGAAGCUUUGGGCGUUUAUAAGACUGUAAAUAAAACUCGACUGAAGAAUUCAAUGUUAGAUCAGUUUCCUGAUGCACAAGAGCAAAAUGAUGGGAAAAAUCUUGUCAUAAUUUUCACGAAAGCAUUACAGGGUAUGGUUAAAGAUGCAAUCAAGAAAAGGGACUUCUCUGAGGACGCCACGAUACUGGCCAAGGCGUCCGCAAUUGUAAGAAGGGACAUAUUUAAGAAUAAAGGCUUCAACUUUUCUGGCAAUUUUACUACAGGUUGUCAAGAAACGUCCACCCCAGCAAGUCUGAAGUCGCUCAUUUAUAUGAUCCUGAGUGGCUUGGACAUUGAGAACACUGAAGCACAAGAUUCCCAGCCAUGUUUAACUGUGUGCCAGACGAUAAUUUUCAAUGCAAAGGAACGAAGAGGAAGGUCAACAACUGGCCAGACACGACAUACCAAGUCCCGCGAACCACCACUCCCAUUAUACAUCGGACUUAACAUACACGCAACAACAAGAAGCAAGGCGCUAAUAAUGAAGCUUUAUGAGCUGGGGCUGUCGGUCUCAUACCAAAGGAUCAUGGAGAUAGAGGAAUCCCUUGCCAGCUCCAUAAGCGAGCGAUUUGUUGCUGAUGGAUGUGUAGUACCUGCUAGUUUGAGAAAGGGACUGUUCACGAUAGGAGCGCUGGAUAACCUUGAUCAUAAUCCGAGCUCGACAACCGCUACAUCAUCAUUUCAUGGCACUGGCAUCAGCCUCUUUCAGCUCCCAACGGCUGGAAAUCAUGGGGAACUCAGAGAUCCGAUCCGCUUACCAUCACAUGGAUCAGGACACUCACUACCAGAAGAGUACGCCGUUGUCCACCCCGUCGAGCUAAGCACCAACAGUUCUGUAAUACCAGCAAGAAUCACGAAAGAAACAGGGUUGUCUUUGAACUUUGAGAAAGGAGAAGAAAAACGAUGGAUGGAGGAGACCCUUGUUAAAUUUGACAAAGAAAACGUUGUUGCUGAUGACAAGUUGACGUGGGCAGCCUUUCACUCGGCAAAGCAAGUCGAAAAAGACCCACCAGCAUUAACUGCACUGUUACCCAUUUUUUACGAGAAGGCAGCAACGCCAGCAAUGAUAAAGCAUGGGAUGGACGUAAUACGACAGGCGACAACCUUUCUGAACCCGGGCCAGGUCCCAGUCAUUACUGUAGACCAACCUCUAUUUGCCUUGGUGAAGAUGGUGCAGUGGAAGUGGCCGACGUCACACGGAGAGCAGGCAUUCGUUGCGAUGAUGGGUGGUCUCCACGUUGAGAUGGCACUAUGGAGUGUAGUUGGCGACUUGCUAGAUGGGUCAGGAUGGACCACCGCCUUGACAGAAGCUGACGUGGCCUCGUCUGGUGUGGCAGAUUCAUUCCUGAAGGCAUCACAUCUAACAAGAACAAGGUAUGUUUGA